UUUCAGCUAUAUUAUUCAAAUUUUUUCUUACAUAUGGAAGAAGAAUUUAUUGAUAGUGCUUCUGAUAACCAAGCACCACUUCUCGAAAUUGGUGACCAACCUUCUAGAGAUUUUCUCGAAUUAUUUGCAAAAUUGGAUCCAACAAUAAAUGGAGAAAUAAUUGAAAAAGCUUGGAAACAAUAUGAUACAAUUAGUCAACAAAUUAUUUUAGAGGGAAGUUCUUCUGUUUGGAUGGCUUGUGCUUUUUUUACUUCUGUUUGGAAAUCUACUCCAAUUGGCCAUCAAGAAUUAAUUUGUCAUUAUUCUUUGCUUAAACUGAUUGAAUUAUGUAAAGUCAGUGUUCUCGAUUUUUUUGAUAAAUUAAAUAAAUGGGCUGAUAUGAUAUUGGCUACUCGACGUUUACUUGAUUUUGUUAAUCGUGUUCAAUCGAAUUUGGCUGUUUCCGCUGUUAUUUUCAAAAAGUUUUUGCCAAUCUUUCGUUAUGCUUUUGCACAACAGAAGCCUUCGAGUUUGGAAAAACAUUUAACGAGUGCAGAAUUAUUUGAAUUUAUUUGGCUUUUCUUUAUUACUAUGCGAAAACAUUUACCACACAACAAUGAAGACCUGAUGAAUUCUUAUAAUUUAUUACUUUGUAUUGUUGAUUAUAUUUACCAUGCAAUUUCAAUUUCUCGAUUAAAGAAUCAUUUAAAUGCUGAUUUUGACAAAUCUAAAGCUCCACUUGAAGUUCUUUGUGAAAAGUUUGAAGGUGCUUCUCUUGAUACAAAACAUUUAAGCACUCAUUGGCUUAAUCCAAAAUUAUUAAAACUUGUGGUUGAAAAUUUAAUUCCUUUCGAUAUUGUUGAGGACAAAUUUAAUAAUUUUACUGCUAUAAGAAAAGCUUUGGAACAACUUUAUGAAAGGAAAAUGUCUGCACGUUCUGAAGUUGAUGAGCGGAUAUUCUUGAAGCCCUUAUUGACUUUUGGAGAUAUUAUUUUCUCAGAUAAAUUUGAAGAAGAUGCCAUUUCUGUUUUGUCUGGAGAUCUUUGCCAAUAUAUCAAUAAUGAUUUUUUGAUCAAAUUCAGCUCACAAAAUUGUUUAGCCAAAUUGAAUGCGCCUGAAAAAAUUCAACCUCCAACUGAAGGGAAAUCUUAUAUGAUUACACCUGAUACUGUUUGUCAAAAUAGUGCAUUUUAUUCUGAUAUGAAGCUAAUUGAGAGGAUGGAUGAAUUAUUAUCAAUAUUUAGAAGUCAAGGAAAAUCUUUUAAUUUUGAUUUUGUUGACUGUCAAGGAAAUCCACGUGAAUAUAUAGCUGAACAAGUACACAUAUUUGGACAGAAAUUUCUUGCAAAAUUCAGUAAGGAAGAGAAGGAAAGCAAUGAAAGUGGAUCUUCAGAUCAUGCUUUGAAUCAAAUUCAAUUGGAAAAAUAUGCUGCCGAUAUUGAAACAUUAUUUUAUUACCUUCUUCAAAAAAUCUUAAUUUAUGAUCAACAAAAAGCUUUGGCUAUGGGGUUAGAAAUGAAUGUUGAUUUAACGGCAAUAUUACAAAGUUCAGAAUUUCUUGUUUCAAUUUAUAUUUGUGCUGCAGAUUUAAUUCUUUGGGUUAAUGAAGACUUUCGAACAUUUCGAUGGAUAACAGAAAUAUUUACUGAUAAUGUUGCUCCUCUUGAAUUUUAUCGAAUUUUUGAAUUAAUUGUUAGGGCAGAUACUUCUUUUAGUCGAGAAAUGGUUAAACAUUUAAAUCAGUUAGAGGAAUGUGUUUUGGAAGAACUUGUUUGGACAACAGAUUCGCCUUUAUGGAUUGCUUUACAGAAUAGUCGAAUUGUUGAACAAUUUGGAGAAAGUUCAUCAGUUCCAAGCUCUCAAAUACUUUCUAAAUUUACCGGAAAUUUACAACGAAAUAAAUCUGAUUUAACUCCACAAAUUAUUAAUUUUUUUAAAAAGGUUUACCAUUUGUCUGCAAUUCGGCUAACAGAUUUGUUUGAACGUUUACGUAUUAGUGAUGAAUUAACUAAACGAAAAAUUUGGACACUUUUUGAGCAUGUUUUUCGUACAAAAAUUAUUUUAUUAAAAGAUCGACAUUUGGACCAAAUAUUGAUGUGUUGUGUUUAUAUUAUAACAAAAGUGUGUGCUCUCAAAAUAACAUUUCAGGAUAUAAUAUUUCAUUAUCGCCAUCAACCACAAGCUUCGAGUAAUGUUUAUCGAAAUGUACUUAUGCGAAUGGAUUUUAUUGACAAAAAAGAAGAUAAUUCUCCUGAACAAACUGAACGUGAGGAUUUGAUUAGGUUUUACAAUAAAAUAUUUGUCCCAAUUGUUGAGGAUUAUGUUAAGAAAUUAUAUCCAUCUGGGCCAGAAAGCAAAGAAAAUGUUUUCCCAUUAAUUUCAAUGCCAAAAACUCUAGUAAAUCCUCUAUCACCAAGAAAAGUUAUUGGAGACAGAAUUAACGUUAUUCCUUUAUCUCAAUACUCUCAAACAAUUGCUAGACAUCGUUCAACAAGAAGAUUUGAUAUUUACAAGUCCCCUUCGAAGGAUUUGAGAACAAUUAAUGCAAUGGUAAAUAGAGGAUUGCCUACAUAUGGAGGGCAGAAAUUAGUCUAUAACUAUCAAUGA